AUGGAGUUGAAAGGAAAGGUAGCUUUGAUUACUGGUGCGGCGGCUGGGAUCGGCCUCUCGUAUAGUGAAGAGUUGCUGAAAAAUGGGGCUAAGGUUUCCCUAUGCGACAUCGAUUCUGAAAUUGGAGAGCAAGUGGCCGAUGAGCUGGGCGUGAAAUAUGGACGUAAGAACGUGCUUUUUUGCCAAUGCGAUGUUACUGACUACCCACAAUACGAAGAAGCCUUCGAGAUGACAAUAAAAGUGUUCAAUCGGCUAGAUAUUGUUAUAAAUAACGCUGGUGUGAUGAACGACCGAUUUUGGGAACUAGAAGUUGACGUUAACCUUAACGGUGUUAUUCGAGGUACACUGCUGGCGUACAGGUAUAUGGGAAAAGACCGGGGUGGUCAAGGUGGUACAAUCAUUAAUACCGCUUCAACAGCCUUCGCGAGGCCCCAAGUUUCCACACCCAUAUACACGGCUACAAAUUAUGCAGUAGUUGGUCUCACGAGAGCUUAUGGUGAUCAAUAUCACGUAAAUCUUACUGGAGUGAGGAGUAUAGUUUUGUGUCCGGGCCUUACAGAUACGGGUCUUAUCAAAGACAUCCGCAAGCAAUUGAUGUCUUCCGAAUACGAAGCUGCGUGGCAAAGAGAUAAUGCAAAUUCGAAAACUCAGAGCUCUGAGCACGUAGCGAGGUCACUGAUAGAAAUUCUUUUGAAGGCUCAAAGUGGUUCCGUAUGGAUUGUCGAGAACGGCCAACCGGUGCGGGAGUGGCGCGGUUAA